GAUCACAUGCAGACAAUCAGGACUCGGGCGGCUCUGCUUAGGUAGAGAUUGCGUCGAGGAGGUGGUUUUCACAGCAGCGUACGGCGACCUGUAAAUAUGGAGCCUCUGGAGGAAUACCACUCUCCGUUUGACUUUGAACAAGGGGUCAACUCCAGUUAUCUCUACCUCUCCCCAGAUUACAGCGACACGCCGCCCAGUUCGCCAGCUGUCAGAUCCAGAGAUUUCCAGGAGCAACCUGACUCUGUAGCCGAGGUGGGAGAGGAUGCAGUGACAUCUGUCGGUGCAGCUCCUCUUCCUCCUGUCAUGACGGAGGAAGAGCGUCAGGAGCUGCAACAGGAGCUGGCUAAGGUUGAAGACGAGAUCCAGACUCUGUCCCAGGUGUUGGCAGCUAAAGAGAAGCAGCUUGCAGACAUCAAGAGGAAACUGGGCGUCACGCCUUUAAACGAGCUGAAACAGAACAUCACCAAAACCUGGCAGGAAGUCACCACUUCCACAGCCUACCGGAGGACGUCUGAAACUCUGUCUCAGGCCAGUCUGAAAGCGACGGCAGCCUUCUCCAACAUGGGCUCGGCCAUUAGCAAGAAGUUCGAGGAUGUCAGGAACGCACCAACUUUCAAGUCACUGGAGGAGAAAGUCGAAACACUGAAGACUAAGAUCACCCCCACCGCUCCUCCCAGCAACCAGGACGGCAACAUCCCGGAAACCACCGAGUCUUUGAUCAACCAGCCUGAGGACGCCCCCACCCAGGACGCACCCAUGCAAUGAGACUGAGGCCGCACUUUCACCCUCUGACCUCUUUACCACCCGCACCCCCCCACUCCCCGCCCUGCUCCUCUGACCAGUUUAACUCUUGUGUGCCAGUCUCCCUCUAUUGGAAACAAAUGCCUUCCCAGCAUCCUCUGCGAUCGACUUGCCCGCUGUCCUCUUCCAACACACACGCUCAGUCGUUAGCUUGUCUGAAACUAAAACCACAGGAUGGGUUCAGGCACAUAUUCUCAUGUCUUUUGGGUUUAUCUAGUUGGUUUAGGCUCACCAUUAGAGGAAUCCUUUUUCCUUGUUGCACUCCUUAUUUCUUUGCCUUUUUUUUUCUAACCAGAAAAGCUUGAAUGCCAAACAUGCUCCAGUGUACUUUAGUUUCUUUAUGAUAUUAACACUCUAGUGUAGAAAACUGUGCCGUUAGAACAAUUGUAGUGUACUUCAGAAAUGUAUUAAAUGUUGGAGUCAUUGUUAUUAAACACGGGUGGUUUUGGCUUAGUUUUUCUUCUUGGGCCAAACUUUACCCCCCCCCCCCGAGAAAUAUAACAUGGUGUCCCAGCAGUGAAUAUUAAUAUUUUUGUAUCUUAUGCUGCGCUCGGGUCGCUAGGCUUUCCGGGUUUGAUACACUGUGUUGUUAAUAUGACUACUGACUGCACGUUUCAGAUUCAGGCAGACCUUCCCCUUUCAUUGUAGAGAAACCUGUCACGGCCCCCGCGCUCGGAAAGCUGCAGGAAAACGGCCAAGAUCAGCAGAAUAGCUCAGAGCAAACACGCCGUCAAGGUCCAGCCUUGACCUGAGGUGACAGAGAAAUAAAUGUAGCCUCCACAGCCAGCCAGAGUCAAUAUUUGAACACUAGUGCAUUGUUUCUGCGAGAGCGGCAACACCCAAACUACCCAUGCCGUGUAGUGCACAGCGCUGCAGUAGUGUUUCCCCCUUUUUUUAUUGUGACAAAAACCAGCUUGAUUGAUUGAUGGCAAGUAUUUGUAGAAAACGUUUCUUUUGCAUUUAUCGAAUACUUUUUUAUUUUUUUAUAUAUAUCAAAACUGUAGUUAGAGUUGGCUUUACAGCCUCAUGCUGCUUUAUGUCGAUUAUAUGCUGGAAGCAAUUAAACUCUAAUUUAUUGGGCUUCAAACAGUGAUCAAUAAAACCCAAACGGAGCCGAUUUCAACACAAGCUGAGGUAAAGUCAAACUAAAUGAAGGACAAACUUUUCUAUUGGGCGCAGCAUCAAACUGGUACAAGUCCUCCCCUGCUGGUGGAUAAGAGGUACUGCAUGCAUAUAAAUCAACUCCCACUAUCAGUAUGAAACAUGAGUGAUGCCGCUGAGCUGUAAACUGUGGAUCAGAGAAAUCUAGUGUUUAGUGUUGUUUUUCUUUGAUUGUUAUCAAUAAAGAUUCUCAUGUUUUCACUGAC